AUGUACACUGCGUGGCGGGGGCCACUCACCGGGCCGACGGGCCGCGCUGGGGCAAUGCUCGGCACAUCCACGUACGCGGCGCCCGUGCUGGUCGCCACCACGACGGCGGGCAACGACGACGUGGAAUUGAACUCUGCUGCUCGGGGAGGCGCGGCGAGUGUCUCCGUGGCGAGUUCGCCGUCACCGCGAUGCCCCGACGUUCCGACUGACCCCUCGCCACUAUCGGCGUUCGCUGCGCCACGCAGCAGCGACGGGAACUUCAGACGGAUGCCGACGUGA